AAAACACUUGACCUGUGGAAUGGAACCACGGAAGAGCUGACUUGUCGAUACUUAGUCAGCAGUCUGCCCACGUUCGGCUGACAACGUAGGAAAUUAUUUCCUUCUCUCUUUUUUGGGAUUGGAUUACAUCGUCUUUAAAAGAUUAUGUUAACGCACAGAGUCCUCACACAUGGACCUUCUGGGUCGGCCUCAGGUGGAAACUUUACUACGUUGUGCCCCAAUGGGUCCGAAUGGGUCUGGGAAGGUCUCGGCGAAUGCGCCCAGGACGCUAGAGACAUGGCCAGCAUCUACCUUGGCCUGCUGUCCAUUCUCUGCUUCAUGAUGUCUUCGCUGCCGCAGUACUACAGCUCCUGCAAAACGGGUAAUAUGGACAGUGCCCUCUCCAUUUGGUUUCUGCUGCUGUGGCUGGGAGGCGACACCUGUAAUUUGGUUGGCUCCUUUUUGGCAGACCAGCUUCCACUUCAGACGUAUACCGCUGUUUACUACGUUUUGGCAGACUUGCUGAUGCUGGCCAUGUACUUAUACUACAAGAUGAAGAACAAAAUGGUUGAAAACAGGAGGGUUUUACACGUGGUGGGCGUGGUCUGCAUCCUGAGCUUCACUACAGGCCUCAGCCAUCUCCCAGGGUCGGGCGCUGCCCGACAGGAAGUGGUACCCCUUGGGUACAGGGGGCGCACGUUGCUCUCCAACACUAAUCUUGGCGCUGUCAGGUCCUUCACCCCAAAAGAGAUCAUUGGUUUCGCCAUUGGCUCCGUGUCGUCUGUGCUCUACCUGUUUUCCAGACUUCCUCAGAUGUACACCAAUUUCAAGAGGAAGUCCACCGAGGGAGUCUCUUACUUCCUCUUUGCACUGGUCAUCCUGGGAAACACCACGUACGGCCUGAGCGUGCUGCUGAAGAACCCAGAUCAGGGCCAAGGAGAGAACAGCUACGUCAUCCAUCACCUGCCCUGGCUCAUUGGCAGCCUUGGAACGCUCUCCCUGGAUCUCUGUAUUUCCAUCCAGUUCAUCAUGUACCGCAACGCUGCAAUGAGGCUGGAUGCCAGUACCCUAGAGACAACUCCUCUGAUGGGGAGCUAAACUCCCACUAAACCACUCAAUCUUCAAGAGCCCAAAAUCACAAUGAAAAGUUGAUUUUAAUUGUAUAGUUUUAUUUAUUCUACUAAUUGUUGUGAUUUUACCAGACAGAUGUUAUUCCUGGCAUUUCCGCUGAGGUCCAGGCUUAGUUUUAAAACAGAAUAAGAGGUUUUCAAGACGUCUUGACUGGAAGAAAAAAACAAAUCUCCCGUCUUGAUGUGUUAAAUCUCUUUUAAGACUUUCAACACAACCUCAAAGAAAUAUUUUAAAAGUUGCCAAACACUUGCUGCUGCAUGAAUUCCUGUGAUCUUGUAUGCAGAACAACUGUAACUUGAAUCUUUCUUUUAAUUUUUUUUAUUAUUUUGACUUGUAAAUGUAGACAUCUUUACAGUCGUACGUUUUUAGUCAUCAAGUGGAUGUAAUCAUCAAAAAAUGGUGCUUUUUGUUUUUGUGUAUUUUAAUUCCAUUUCAAAAUUUUGUUUUAUGAUGCUUUUAUUUGACUUAUGUUUUUUUAACGCAGACACAUGACCAGUUGUAUUUGCACUGGUGAUCACUUAACAGGUAUUCACUAUAUUAUUAUGCAUGUUUAUUUUACAGUUUUACUGGACAUUCUCACUUUUUUUGCACACUUGUUUGUACUUUAGAAGGGAAAAAAAGUUUUCUUAGGUCAGUGUACUGUUAAAAAAAUAAAACAUUUAAUUCUG